CGGCCUGAAAAAAUUAAGGAGCACGAUACCAUAGUGUUAAUAGUUGGGGUAAAAAUCAUAAAUAGCCGUAUAUAAAUAAACCUGUGUCAUAGCUUAUUGAGUUGAGCGUCUGUGAUAUGGGUUUGGUUGUCUAUUUGGACACCAUACUGGUACCCUUGAGUUUCUUCAUCACAGUGGGUUACCAUGCCUACCUUUUGCACUGCAUCAAGACCAAACCCUCUCAUACAACCUUUGGCAUCAACACCUUAAAACGGAGAACCUGGUUUCUGCAGUUAAAAGAUGGAGACGACAAGAAAAGUAUGCUGGCGAUUCAAAGCUUGAGAAACACUCUAAUGGAGACCAUACUCACCGCCACUGUAGCCAUUCUGGUGGUGCUAUCACUGGCGGCGCUACUGAACAACGCGUUCAACGUCAGCGAUCUCUUCGGCAUCCAUCCCAUUUUCGGGUCUCAAUCAAGUAAGAUCUACGCUUUGAAGUACGGAUCGGCGUCACUUUUUCUUUCAGUAAGCGUCUUGUUUGGGUCAAUGGCCAUUGGGUUUCUUAUCGAUGCCAAUUUUAUGGUGAACAAUGUUUCGUCCGAGUUCUCUUCGUCUUUGAAUGUUGCGGACGCAGUAUUUGAGAAGGGCUUUAUUUUGGCGCUUGUCAGUAAUCGGAUGCUUUGCAUUAGCUUUCCUUUCAUGUUAUGGAUGCUUGGUCCUCUGCCUGUUUUGUUGUCUUCUAUGGCUCUUGUGUGGUGUCUUUAUCAGCUUGACUUCGUUGGAAAAUUUACCAACCACAGUAAUAAUAAGCACUCUCUAAAACUAUAAAAAAAAAAUGUCAGUAAGAUGCAUAAAUAUUAUUUAUA